AGACGCUUCCGGCUCCGGUGGCAUGGCCGACUGCUCUUGUGGAGAGGCCGCUGCUGCCGAAGGCGGGAAGAGGCAGCAGUUCGGGAGCCGGUUCUUGAAGGAUCCGGCGCGCGUCUUCCACCACAAUGCCUGGGACAAUGUGGAGUGGUCGGAAGAGCAGGCUGCGGCGGCCGAGAGGAAGGUCCAGGAGAACAGUGCCCAGCGGGUGUGCCAGGAGAAGCAAGAAGAUUAUGAGCUCAAUGCCCACAAGUACUGGAACGACUUCUACAAAAUCCAUGAAAACGGGUUUUUCAAGGACAGACACUGGCUCUUCACUGAGUUCCCCGAGCUGGCACCUGACCAGAACACAUGUCACCCAAGUGAGGCGCCUGAGUGUGCAGACAGCGAGGCCGCACCUGCUCUGACGGCAGCGGUACAGCACACGGGCUCUGUGGGCAGCUUUGGACCUGGAACAGAGCUGCCUCCUGGGGUGGACGAGGCGGCUCAGCAGCUCAGCCUCCUGCACAUCGGUGCCCACGAGUUCCCUGGCUGCUCCGCCACCUACCGCAUACUCGAGGUCGGUUGUGGUGUGGGAAACACAGUCUUUCCGAUUUUGCAAACUAACAAUGACCCAGGGCUCUUUGUGUACUGCUGUGACUUUGCCUCCAGAGCUGUAGAGCUGGUCCAGACACAUCCAGAAUACGAUCCUUCUCGAUGUUUUGCCUUCGUUCAUGACCUGUGUGAUGAAGGGCAGCAUUACCCCGUGCCCGAGGCCAGUCUCGAUGUCAUUGUGCUCAUAUUUGUUCUCUCAGCGAUUGUUCCAGACAAGAUGCAGCAAGCCGUCGGCCGCCUGGCCAGGCUCCUGAGGCCAGGUGGGAUGAUGCUUCUGCGGGACUACGGUCGCUACGACAUGGCUCAGCUGCGCUUUAAGAAAGGCCAGUGUCUGUCUGGGAACUUUUACGUGAGAGGUGACGGCACCCGCGUUUACUUCUUCACACAGGACGAGCUGGACGCUCUUUUCACUGCUGCUGGGCUGGAGAAGGUUCAGAACUUGGUGGACCGUCGCCUGCAGGUGAAUCGAGGGAAGCAGCUGAUGAUGUACCGGGUUUGGAUUCAGUGCAAGUACCGCAAGCCUCUGCUGUCCCAACCCAGCUAAAGAGGCACCUGCAGGACUGGCAUAGAGGCUCAACUGGCUGCUCCUUCACCAUAUGGGCGCAGCAGGUUCCUGUCCCAGGUGCUCCACUUCCCAUCGAGCUCCCUGCUUGUGACCUGGGAAAGCAUUCAAGGACGGCCCAAAGCCUUCGGACCCUGCACUC